AUGCCAUGCCCACCACAUUCCGAUCUCGAAUCUGGUAAUCUACCUCCUUCAUAUGGUACUCAGCCACCCGCACCUGAGCCCGUCCAUGUGCGCGGAAAGAAGCAUGAGGCGACGACUGACUCGUAUAAAGCAGGGAAUCGUUAUACCCAACAACAUCCGCCUCAGUUGAAGCUAUCGUCAGAGGAUGCCAUAAGCGGUCGAGGUGGUGCAUCGACGUAUCAAAUCGUUCCCGAGCCAUCGAUUUCUGAGCGUCAGUUGGCUGUCGUAUCAGAAAACGGACGUGUGGUACAGUUUAACAAAUCAAGGGGCACGAUGGUGAGUACUAUGGUACAAGCAAACUAUCCGAUGUUUGUUCCAUCAGAUGCAGUUGACGUAAAUGGAGACGAAUGUGUCGAGGAUAAUAAAUUAAUACGAGAGUCUCCGCAAAUUAAAACCGAGGAAGGAGAUCCUGUGCCCAUAUUAGUUGACGAUCAGACGCCUGACGAAUCAAAAGAAUUGCAUUACUUUGAGGUUACUGUUCUGUCAAACCCAAAGCCUAAAGACACUACUAUAGCAAUAGGUCUCGCCACAAAGCCUUAUCCACCAUUUAGGCUUCCGGGUUGGAACCUUUACUCGGUUGGAUACCACUCCGAUGACGGCCGUAAAUUUAAUGAUGCGUAUGGGGGCCGCGACUACGGUCCCGAGUGGGGUAAAGUUGGAGACACUGUCGGAUGUGGUUAUUAUCCUAACACCGGAUUUGUAUUUUUCACUAAAAACGGGGAGAAUAUUGGUUACGCGUUCACUGGUAUGCGAUAUUUGUGGUAUCCUACAGUCGGAGCUCAUGGGCCAUGUAAAGUAAAGAUAAAUUUCGGAGACGACGAGCCAUUCAGAUAUUGCGAAGCGAGAGGAUUUGGACCGUCGGGGAAGGAACGUAGCAAAGAAUGCUGA